GACCUGAGUCCUCUCAGUUGGCUUUUCUCGCGGCUGAUAUGGGUCUGUUGGAGUCGUUACCGUGUCAAGCUGGAUGGCUCCCCACGAAUCACUUGCUCUUCCAUUUCGCCAACGUGUGCCUCUUCCUAUCGUACUGCGUUCCACCGGGCUUGAAAGGUCUGCUGUUUCUACGGAUAGUUCUCUUCUUCGCAUGUUUGUUCUUCGCUCUGUGGGGUUGGCUGGUGCUGUGUGCGUUGGACACGUUCAUGUGGAACGCGAUCUUCACCAUCAUGAACCUCGUCCAGUCCUAUCUCGCGUACAACAUGAUCCCGAAAACCACCAGGCUCCCGAAAGCUGUAGAAAACCUCUACUCGAAACUGCUCGAGCCGCUGCGGAUCUCCAGACAGGAAUUCGAGUUCGUGUACAACGCCGCCCGCGAGGUGAUGUAUCUGGAAUCCGGUCAAGUUUUCGACGUCAACCAUCUCGGCGACAACAUCAGUCUCGUAAUCCGCGGCAGAUUGGGCAUACUGAGUCGCGACGGAAAGCCUAUCACGGAGUACUUCCAGUUCGAAUUCGUGGAUCCCGCGAAAUGCUUCGGUAGAGAGGUGGACCAGAACGUCGAGUUCACGGCGAUCGAUACCGAAACCGUCGUGCUGAUAUGGCGACGACCGGACCUUCAGAACGUGUUCCGGAGGGAUCCGCAUCUGAAGAUGGUGUUCGACUGUCUAGCGGCGCGACAACUGCUCCCGGUUCGGAGCAAAGCCAAAUCCGAAGCGAACAAUUUUCCCAUGGUCGAAGCACCGCCGAACGAUGGGCGAAUCUCCGUGAAUGAAGGGGAAUCAUGAUCCUGAAGACAUUCCUGUCCGAGCGGAAGGAAUGUCUUGGGAGAGAGCGCAAUCGGAGGGCAAAAGCUGCGAAGUUUCCGAUGAUCGUAUAAAUCUGUAAAUACCGUCAGGUCGUCCCUUUGUGUCCUUUGGAUCUCCCAUCGAGUCCUCGGAACCGAGGGAUCUUUCGAUGGCCAGCGUGACCUGGAAAAACUCUGUACAGUUUCUCAGAUCUCUUCUGAAUAUAAAUACUAAAAACCUAACCGCUACUUAUUAGGUUACAAUACCGAAAGGAACUUGGUCCAGCUAAUACUUUAGUGAAUAAAAGAUCGAGUC